AUGAAUGCUAAUUUCUCGCCACACUUUACCCGCUCCGAAACGAUUUCUCUUUACGAACCCAUCGUUCUGUUUCAUUUCCCGACUGCUGACAACCAGCACCCGAUAGGAGUCGACGUUCAGGAGCUCAGUGCUGUCCAGGACUGUUUGCUUCAGAAGAGUAAUGAUAGCCUGAGACAGAAAUCCAGAGACAUCCUCUCUGCUGUCAGCCUCAAGGUCAGCUUGUUGGUGGUGGCCUGCCUCAUCUACCCAAUAGUGCUUGUGUCCUUCCGACAGAUGACACAUUGGAUCCAGAACUAUGCUCGGAGUCUCAAUGAGAGAACAGAUGACCUGAAGCGUGAGCGGCGGGUGGCUGAGGACCUCCUCCACCAGAUGUUGCCCAAAUCAGUGGCCAGACAGCUCCGGAAGCACAAGCAUGUGGAGGCAGAAAGCUAUGAGCAGGUGACAAUAUUUUUCUCAGACAUUGUUGGAUUCACAAGCAUCGCGGCCUCAUGUGCUCCUCUCCAGGUUGUGGAGAUGCUGAACAACCUCUACAUGUGCUUUGACACCAGGAUUGAAUCGUACGAUGUGUAUAAGGUGGAGACGAUUGGCGAUGCCUACAUGGUAGUGAGUGGCCUCCCCGAGCGCAAUGGGAACAAGCACGCUGACGAGAUUGCUAAAAUGGCCCUGGAUCUGGUAGCAGCUGUACGGCAGGUGCCAAUUCCUCACAUGCCAAAUGACAGGCUGCAGCUGAGGGCUGGCGUUCACACAGGUCCCUGUGUGGCUGGAGUGGUUGGCUACAAAAUGCCUCGCUAUUGCCUUUUUGGAGAUACUGUAAAUACUGCAUCUCGCAUGGAAUCCACCAGUCUGCCCCAGAAAAUCCACAUUAGCUCUGUUACCUUCUGUGCCCUGGUCAAAGAUGAUGCUUAUGAUAUUGAACCCCGAGGAGAAACUGAGGUCAAGGGAAAGGGCAAAAUGAAAACAUAUUGGCUCAUUGGGAACAAAAACUAC